AUGCAUAAAGAUAAGAAAUCUAGAAAAAUGAGAGGUAAAACUUCACAUGGUUACGGUAGAACUAAUAAGCAUAGAAAACAUCCAAGUGGUAGAGGAGCAUGUGGUGGAUUUAAACACAUGAGAACAUGGUAUAUGAAGUAUCAUCCAGAUUUCUUUGGUAAGAGAGGUAUGCUUAAUUUCCACGUUAAAAAGAAUGCUGAAAUUAAAAAAUCUAUUAGCUUAGCUAAAGUAUAUGGGUUGAUGGAUUCUGAAAGUAGAAAAGAAGUUCUUAAUAAUGAAAGUAUAUCACCAGUUAUUGAUGUAAGAGAGUUUGGAUAUCAUGUUGUGGUUGCAGGUGAACUUCCACUCGAAAGACCACUUGUUGUUAAAGCUAGAUACUUUACUAAGAACGCUGAACAACAAAUUGCUAACGUAGGUGGUAAAGCUAUAAUUUGUCCUUAA